GUAAACGUCAAGUAGUUCUAAUGUCAACAUACACAACAUUGGUGAUUGGAAUAUAACCUAUUCAUCGGAUAAGUUGAUUCAGUGUUGUGAAAUAUUAAGUAAUAAAAGAAGAAAAAAAUACAGUAAAUAAGUAGUCACGAAUACUUGACAUCCAGAAAAUGAGCACCUCUAAGGGUAGUAACGUGAGGAAACGGCCACAGAAACACCAAAAUAGAACUGCGUUUAAAAAUGAUUUACACGAUACAAGUCGUAAAACUAAAUUUUUAAACUCACUGGAGAUAACUGGUGUUUGCAAACGUUGCAAAGAUAUACUUGAAUGGAAGAUAAAAUAUAAAAAGUAUAAGCCAUUAACCGCACCGAGAAAAUGUGUGGGCUGUGAGCAGAAAACAAUAAAACAUGCUUACCACAUGUUGUGUACUAAGUGCGCUUUAGAGAAAACAUUGUGCGCUAAAUGUUGCAAACCAGUUGAGAAUCAAGAUUCAGCAACUAUUGAAGAGACCCAGAAUGUUGAUUUAAAAGCUAUGUUAAAAGAUCUACCAGAGAGGAAACGGCGGACAAUUAUGAGGUUAAUAAACAAACAAGAGGAAGGUCAGCAAUUGACACCAGAAAUAAAAGCACAGAUAGACGAUAUGCUAUUGAAGAUGGACAGCAUUGCCCUAGACGAUGAUGAUUUCAAUUUUAGUGAUGAUGAUGAUGAUGAUGGUGAAUUUAACUCAGAUAGUGAACCAGAAACUAAAUAAAUAAUAUCAUUACUUCAAACCUAUGUACAUAAAAUAUGUUGGAAAUAUUACCAAUUAUAAAAAUAUUUAUAAAAUU